GGCCCCGAUCCUGCGCGCAUGGCGUGCUCCCGAGCAAAUGCGUGUGCUUGAAGCGAAGCGCUCUGGGCGGUUUACGGAUCCGCGCGCUCUCCCACCUGCCCAGCCGCUUGAGUUCACGGGCGGUUGAGAGAGGUGUCUUGCGAAGAGGGGCUGCCGGGGGGAUUGGAGAGGUCUCGCCGGCGUGGACGCAGCCGCGGGUGACUCUCCUGAAGGCGCGUGGCGGGAGGGGAUGGCUGCGGGGAGGCUCGGGGGAAGCUCCCCUGUUCCAGCCCGCCAUGCCGACUUUGACAGAAAGUGCACUACGAACGCUGCCAAACGCCCCUCCCGCGCCUCUUCUCGCCGCCCGGCCGACCCACUUUCCUCGGGGUUUGCUUUUUAAAAAAACGCUGGGCGUCCUUAAAACGAGCCUUAAAGCGGGGACGGGACGGGGCGGCGGACGUGCGAUGGCGGGUUUGGGGCGUCCUCACGGCACCGAGGCGCUCGAAUCUGAAUUGGGCGAAAGGUUCCGAAGUUCUCUGCCCGUGCGCGCGCGCGCGCUCCCGCCCGCCUCUUCUGCAAAGAGCUUCUGCUCGGCUUCGGAAGGAGGCGAUCGUGUGUGCGCGGCCAUGCGUGCGCCUGGCGUGUCUCCUCCUAACCCUUGUAUGGACUGUGGUGCUUGCCCGCAGCCAUGGGGAAGAUGCUGUCCAAGAUCUUCGGCAACAAGGAGAUGCGGAUCUUGAUGCUGGGCCUGGAUGCUGCUGGGAAGACGACCAUCCUCUACAAGCUGAAGCUGGGGCAGCCGGUGACCACCAUCCCCACGGUGGGCUUCAACGUAGAGACGGUGACCUACAAGAACGUCAAGUUCAAUGUCUGGGAUGUCGGGGGUCAGGACAAGAUCCGCCCCCUCUGGAGACACUACUACACCGGCACCCAAGGGUUGAUUUUCGUAGUGGACUGCGCCGACCGCGACCGUAUCGACGAAGGCCGGCAAGAGCUUCACCGCAUCAUCAACGACCGGGAGAUGCGGGACGCCAUUAUCCUCGUCUUUGCCAACAAGCAGGACCUCCCCGAUGCCAUGAAACCCCACGAGAUCCAGGAGAAACUGGGGCUCACGCGCAUUAGGGACAGGAAUUGGUACGUCCAGCCGUCUUGUGCUACGUCAGGAGAAGGACUUUAUGAAGGUUUAAUGUGGCUUACUUCCAACUACAAAUCAUAAUUCUAGGGCAAUAUAGAGCUCUCUAAUUUGCGCGCACACAAGAAUCUCUAACCAAUGAACCCCUAGAGCAUCUCUUCUCUUCUGGCUUCCCCCUCUCUCCUCCUCAAUCCUCUUUUUGUGCUCUUGCGAAGUGAGAAGUUGUACUGGCAAAGGCUCAGAUGGGAAACGACUUGUCCACCAGGCAAGCUCUUUGCUUCCUUCUGGGUGCCUUUGAUCGAUGCUGAGGUGGGGGAGAGGUGAGGGGUGGGCGUUUGGCCGCAGCCCUCUAGAUGCAGGCCUCCUCGGAGUGCUCGAGUGGCAUUCCUCCAGUCUUUUUAUUUCCCCCCCGCCCCCCAGCCUGGUGGUUCUCCAAACUGUGGUGUGGCACCGAGAGGGUAACACUCGUUUGGAGGAAGUUGGUUGAACUGGUGGUGAUGGCAUUGCCGUUGGGCGAUUCCAAGCUGGUGGGGGUAGUUUGACUUGGGGAGUUCUGCCCUGGUUUUAGGCUCUGUAAGAGUGAGAAAUUCUGCAUUCUAGAGGCCAGCUCUUGGAUUCUGGAUUGAGUUCAGAGGGCCCACCUGAAAGUCAUGUGAGGGGCUGGGGAAGAGAACCCCCCCGGCAAAUCACUCGCUCUUGACUGUACCACCUUGGAGGGCAGUGGGGGCAGUUGACUGGCACCUGCAGACCUCACCCCAUAAUGCCUUCGUGGGGAAUGCUUGGUCUGCCGCCUCUCCUCUCUCUCUUGACCUGUUCAACCUGCUGAGGUUACCUGUCUGGAGGAGGCAAAGCCGUGCCCGCCCAGCGACCAGCCAAACCAGUUCUCCCAGCACCGCGAGGCGGGUGGAAUCGAAGGAACCAUUAAUCAGAGGUUCCGCUGGCUCCCUCUUCCCAAAUCCUUGCCAAGUAUCUUGGCAGGUUGCCCCACCCACUUAAAAAAUUAGGGGCAGAUGGCGGGGUCUGAAGAGGUCCAGCUCCUGGGUUAGUGCUUGGCUUUGCGAAGGCUGAGUUGGCUUCCUCCCGUCUCAUUCCUGGCAUGACUGAACCAACCUGCUUUGCUUUUCUGUGUGCAGCCCCUUCCCUCUUUUACAGAGCACAUUUUCUUGGAGGCAAAAAAGAUCCCCCCUUUCCUUCUGGCCGGUGACUUUGGCCUCCUCAGUUCCCCAUCUGCGCCUACAGAGUUAGCCCACCAAGUUUCCCAUCUAACGCAGGCAUCACGACCCCGACACUCUGUGCUAUCCGUUUCCGUGGCUGACACCUAAGGUCAGCUUCGACCGACCGGUGGAGGCCAAGCCCAGACCCUGGAAUUAAGUUCUCGUAGCCUGUGUGUACUCGUGUGUGUGCUGGGGAGGAAACACCCUGCUGACUCCACUUUAAACAGUGGGAUUGGGUGUGUUGCAAGCCGUGGAUCAAACUGAUCCUGUUAUGAUCCAGUGGGCCAUACGCCUGGUUUUCAGAACCUCAGAUGGAGCAAGAUCCAAGGUGUGGACCAAAGAGUUGCUUUCCUGCAGAGAGGCAGUCGGGGGAUUUUGCCUCCCUCCGCACUUCUGCUGUUGCCAGGGAUUCCCCGCUGUUUGUUUUCCUGGCUUGAGGUGAAUUGUUAAGAAGCAGUGAUCAAUUUGGGGUUAAGAAGCAGUGACCAAUUUGGGGUAAGGUCUCUCCUUAUUCUCGGCCACCCUGGCAGAGAAGAUGCUGCACCGCUACCCCCAGCCCCCCCUCCAAAUCACCGAGUUGUAUGAGUGUGCUAAUCCUUUUCCUUCAGUGUGAGUGAUCUACUCAGGGAGUCUUUGUUCUUUCCCUCCCCCUUUCCUGGCCCUUCCGUAAAAACACUGUUCUUUGAUGAAUUUGGUAAACUUGGGCUUGGAUCGUGCCAACAGGGACAGCCCUCCGUUGCUGCUACCGAUGGCGGGAUGGGAGCCCCGCCACCCUUCCGAGCCAAACGGGUCGCUUUCCUCCUGUCACUGAGGCACUCGGUGAGGGAAGCCCCACAAGGAGGUCCUUGGGUCGGGGGCUCCGUGGUCCCGCAGCACAUGCACUGGUGGUCCGACCAGAUGCAUGGAAUCGGCCAGCUUCCUGGGAAUACCUCCUCAUUCAUCAGGACGGGAGCAAAGUCUGGGCCUCCACGGGAAAUCGCGGCCUGCCCGGUGUCUCGGCUGCACGCCCCCCUGUUUGUCCUCGGUGCUCUGGGGAAGGGCCCACGGCUGCCCCGCAAGCCGUCCAGGCCUGUCCGCUCCGCUUUCCCUCCGGCACACCCUGCCUGCAGCCAAGUUCCCCCUCCCUGGGCGUGCUCCUUGAAGAGGGGAUGACUCAUAACUCCCACAAAGCGGGUUCUCUCCCCCACCCCACCCCACCCCACCCCGCAGUGCAGGGAGUGACUGCAGCUUUUCUUCUGUCCCUCCCUCCGGCGUGGGCUGGCCUGAAGCAGCAGCCUCGGCUGCCUCCCCCUCGGCCGGCUGGAGGAGCCCCCCACAGUCCCCACCUGUGGCUUUGAUGCACCCGGGACCAAGAGGCCACGCGAUGCUCAGACCUGGCGCUGCCGGAAGCGAGGGCUCUGCGUCUGGCUGGCCGCCGCUGUUUGUGCGGCUUGUUUCCUUUCCGGCGCCCACCUCUCCGCUCUGCAACGCCAGGCAGGACCUUUGCGCUCCAGCAAAGGUGGGACCAACGCCCCCCCCCCGCCCUUGAACAGGUGUCAUAAAGUGCUGUCUUCCCCAGCCUGCAAGGCAGGGUUGUGUAGGGAUGAUGGGAGAUGUAGUGAAGCACAACCGGGGUGGGGGGCAUCCAGCUGGGGAAGAGCCAGGCCAUAUAAAUGUUUGCUUCCCAUUUGCUGCCCAAAUGAUGCCACAGUCGGGUUGUUUGGGGGGGGGGGUUGUAAGUGCACAAGGAAUAAACCUCCCUCAGCCACCGUGCCCUGUAUUCUUUUCCUGGGGGUCGGAUGGGCGGGGGGGGGCUCCAGAAGCAUUCCUCCUGUACCUGCUCUCCAUACUCCCCUUCCCAAAUUAACCUGCUGCUGGAACUGAGCAGGUUCAGUUCCACAUCCUGCUUGCUGACAUUCCAACAGAUCUGCUUUGCUUUUGGGAAUCCGGGGAGUGAAACGAGAGUGCAUUAAAGUCAGGUGACCACCAUCUGCUUGGCGUUCGGGAUAAUCCAAUUUACGCCAGGCAGAAUGUGCCUGACACGCCAUCCUGGCAACUCACAGGGAUGUGGAUUCAGGCUGGGGAGGGGUGGAUUAAAGCUCGGUCCUUCUGGCCUCUUCUCAUUCUUUUGCACCUCUUCCCUGGCACAGCCAGAAACUCAGCUUUGGGCUCUUUUCCUCCACCGUUUCGGUUGGCUUACCAACUUCCAGAUGAAUUAUUUUUUGUACCCCAAUGUCCUGGAGAUCAAACCACCCAAAACACACACACACAUUAAAAUCUUAACACAAGGCAUCGUGGGGAAUUUAGGGAAGACUUCCUGCCUAUAUGGCGCCCUCCACUUGUGCUGGACCACAAGUCCCAUAAUCCCCCAGCCAGCAUUUCGUGGCUGCUGAGGGGAUCACAGGGGCUGCAGUCCACACACCUGGAAGGCACCAGGUUGAUCACAGCUGGGCCUCUGACCAGCCAGAAUGGGUCGAUCAUGCCUUAGUUGGGAAGUGAACACGGGGGCUUCUCACUUGAAUGUGUCUUGUGCACUUGAGUCCCCCUGGCUGGGAUGUCGGAUCCCGGGGCACUGAACGGAGCACUUACUCUCCUCUGAAGGCCCGUGCUUGGGUGGGCGGGUGGCCAGCCUCCUUUGACUCACGCUCAGAUGGCCCCCCAGUGAGGGCGUCCUUCAUUUCCUCUCCAGGGCAGGGGCGAGAAGGGAGAUGUGUGUGAGAAGAAGUGGGUUUCCCCCCUUUGUGCCUUUGAUAAGGGCUUCUCUCAGUUACAUAAAGGAAGAACAAGGUACUUUUGUAAGCAAAUUUGCAGCUGGCUAACUGGAAUACAGUGUUGUUAUUUUUUAAGUUAUGUUUCUUUCUCCCCUGGCUAGAGCAAAAUGAGGGGAGUGUUUAUUGAAUGCUGAUCUUCAUAUGCAAAUGUACUGUACAUUUAACGCUGGAAUUUCUUUAGAAUCUUAUUUUUUUCCAUGGAGGGGACAUUCAAACAUUUCUUGUUGUUAUGGGUGCCUGGGUUUCGGGGGAGGGGAAACCCCUUAUCUUUACAAACAAGGGCUCAAUUCAGUGAACUUUUUUUAAAGAAAAUAAAAAUAAAUGAUUUUUCUUUCUAA